GAUGUUGUUGUUGGGAAUGGAGGGAUUGUUGUGUUUAUUUCUUGGCUGUUGGUCGAGAGAAAGGUAUGGAGACAGCAGAACUCAGUGUGUUGUUUGAGAAUUUGAAGUUAUUCAUUUAAAAAAUGCCACGACGGAAAAGGAGACAAAAACGCAAAGCUGGUAAAGAUAAAGAUAAAGACAAAGAUAAAGAGGAGGCAAACUUUGUGGAUGAUGAGAAAGCGGAUUACUUUGGGGACGUAGAUGCAGAGGUGGAUGAGGAUACGAGGGGACCUGACCACGCACAGUUCAGUGAAGAACUGAAGAAAAAGUUAGCUAAAAGGAGGCGCCUCAAGGAAUUGAAGAAGGUGUUCAAAGCUUCUAAAAGGUUAGAGGCGAAAGAUCACGGGACCGAUGUUUGGUAUCCGGCAAAAAUCGUAGAAUUUGACGAUUCGGAGAAUGAGGUUCUAAUACACUUUGAAAAUUGGUCUCAAAGGUAUGAUGAAUGGAUCCUCAUUGACAGCCCAAGGCUUAGGCUGCUAGCAGAGGAGCCAGUUGAACCAGUACAAACUAAACCAACGAAACCAUUUAGAGUUGGUGAAAAGGUAAUGGCAACAUGGAGCGACAGCCGCAAGUACCCAGCAGAAAUCAAAGCUGUUGUAUCAAAGGGUGUAUAUAAAGUGCUGUUUUAUGACGGCUUUGUAAAAGAAAUAAAGGGACAUCGAAUAACUAAACUUUCGGAAACCAACUCUCAGCAGUUACGUGUUAAACGUCAUGCACGUGCCAGUAAUUCUAAAAGUAAGUCGGCACCACAGCGCUCAAAUACUUCCCGGACAAAUCUCGAACCAAAAUACUCAAAAGAGGAGCGUCGUCUUCGGAUGAGGAAGUUAAAUAUUGCCGAGCUUUUCCAAACAAAUAGACGUCGAAGACGCAGAAAAGAAGGUAAUUCUGACGACAGUGAUACAGAUAGUGACACCCAGAUUCAAUCUAGACAGAAAAGCAGUAAGCUCACUGUGUCUGAUUCUGAAAACAGUGGUUUAGAGUAUAACAGUAAGUCACCAUGGCAGUCAAGAUUACUUGAUAAUGAUUCAGAUACGUGUGAUCGUGUGGAAGCCGAACAUAGAAGACAAAGGACAUCCUCGAGCCCUUUUGGGGUCAGUGAUAUUGAAACAAGGUCUAUGACGCGAAGGAUGUCCUCUAGCUCUUUAGGGGAAAGUGACGCCGAAAACAGAGCCAGAACACGAAGAAUGUCUUCGAGUCCCUUUCAAGGUGGUAACACCGAAACUAAAAUUAGAAGACAGAGGAUGUCCUCAAGCCCUCUCGGCGGUAGUGAUAUUGAAACGAGGUCUAUGACUCGAAGGAUGUCCUUAAGCUCCUUCGGGGGAAGUGACAUUGAAAAUAAAAUUACGACACAGAGCCCAUUUGCGAGCAGUGAUGAUACGAGAACCACACAAAAGACAUCCUCGUGCCACUUGGAGGGGAGUGAUAUUGAGGCUAGAACCGGUCGAGGAAGGACAUCCACUAGCCAAUUAGGUGGAAGUGACGAUGAAACUAGAGUUAGGACGCGAAGAGCAUCUUUGAGCCCUUGUGGGGGCAGUGACAGAGAAACAAGGUCAAUGACACGGAGGACAUCCUUGAGCCCCUAUGGGGUCAGCGACAGGGAAACUCGGUCUACGACACGAAGAACCUCCUCAAGUCCCUGUGUGGGCAGUGAUGUAGAGACUAUAAUUAAUACACAAAGGAAAUCCUCAAGCCCUACUAGGAGUAGGAGACAGGCACGGACACGGACAAGGACACGAAAAUGGACAGCCUUGUCCCCUUUGGGUUACCGCGAUGUGCAACCUAGAACUAGAUCUAGGACACGAAGUCCCUUUGGUGAGAGUGACAUUGUACGUAGAGCCAGAUCUGCAAGCCACAUGGAAUCUGAGACCUCAGAGUCUGAUAUUGAUCUAACGAAGAACUACCGGAAGUGUGUGAGUGAAGGAGAGAUUGACAGUGUGCAAAGUCAACCAGUACUUAAGCGUAGGCGCAGACGAAGAAAGCCGUGGGGCAAAAUUCCGAGAAGGAAGGAAAGAGCUGAAUCCUCUACAGACCUGAGUAGCUGCUCGGACCAUUCUGCUGCCGAGUCAGAAAUAGGACCAACAUUACGGGUGAAAGAUUGGGCUGGCACUACACAGUCUGUGGCCGAAAAGAAUGUGUCAGAUGAAAUUACCACUGACCUGGCAACAGUCUGUAUCAGAAGUGAGAAACUGCCUCCAGGAUGGUCAAAAUAUGCUGUGCAGAGGAAACCUGGCUAUAAUGACAAAUGGAAUGUGUACUAUGUAAGCCCCGAUGGUCAGAAAUUACUGAAAAAAAUAGAUUUACUCCACUACAAGUCUCAUUUCCCUGUGCCUGAAUAUGAGUUUUCAUUCAGACCAAAGGACCAUAGUGAACUUAUUGAGGACUUCAGAUUUCAGAGUGUCAAUGAACCGCAAGUCAGAGCCGAGUUGGUAUCAGCGACUCAAGGAACUUCUUUAACUGAGAAAGCGCUGCCAAAGACACUUAAGACUUUACUUCCAAAAAAACAGACAAAUGAAGAGUCAAUGCCAUCUCCAGCUGGUGCUGUUCUGAAUGUCACACUGAAAAGUGUGAAAGGGGCAGAACUGGCAGAAAAAAUUGUUAAUGGGACAAUGGUUAUUGGCCAUCUCAAAAUCUUCAUAAAAGAUUCACAGUAUUGUUGUCCAGAAACUAAAUGUCAGAAGCGAUAUCGGAAACGGAAAUCUUUUAUGCUGCAUGUCCAGCGCAAUCAUCCAGACUGCUACAGAUUAUCUGAUACUCAAAAUACUGAUGGCCCAGCACAUGAUGAAAUUGGAGAAAGCAUAAGUUCUCAAACUACAGCAAAUUUUGAAGUAGCAGCAAACGAUAAAUUGAACUCUGAAGAGUUGUUAGAGAGAACCACACCCAGGAAAGAGACAUUUGAAAAGAAGGCAACUGGGACAAGAAAUUUUAUGUUCACGAUGAACUUCACUCCCAUUGUGGAAGAGGAGGAAGAACAGGAAGAGGUAGGGAUAAAAGAUAGUAUUGAAAGAAAUAGAAAAGUUCAAAAAGAGUAUCAGAACAGAAAACGGGAGGCAGAGAAAGAGUUUGUAAAGCAAGGUCCAUCACAGUUAAGUCUUGAAGAGCUGGCAGAGAUACCUCUUCCAGAGCCAACAGAGCUACCUGAUAGAGAUACAAAUGAGUUGCCUUAUCAUCAGAAGCUCAUUCAACAGCCAGAACCUAUUGAGGAACUGGUACAAAAUGUUGAGUUUGAGGGUAACCAGAAAGCACACUUGGAAAAGGAAUCUAGCGAGGACAUUGAGAUGGUGUCUGACCAAGAAAUGGAACUCUCCCAGAACCAAGAGAUGAAAUCUAGCCAGGCAGUGGAACUCUCCCAACAGGAGUCUGGCCAGGAGAUAGAACUGUCCCGAGACAUAGAUAUUAAGCCUGACCAGGAGAUGGAACUGUGUCAAAACAGAGUUGUGGAAUAUGAUCAGGAAAUGGAACUCUGUCAACCCCAAGACCUAAAUCCUGACCAGGAGAUGCGUCUCUGCCAAAGCCGAAAUCUGGAGUCCGAUCAGGAAAUGGAGCUGGGCUCAGAACAUGAAUCAGAGUCAGGGCCAGAAUCUGAGCACAACACACUGCAGUUGUGUGAGCUGGAAACUGGCAGAAAGCAUGGUCAUCAGCAGGAGUGUGAAACUGAAGCGAGCUGGGAGCCAGAGCUUGAAGAUGCAGAAGAGUCUGAACCUGAAUCCACAUCUGAGCUGGAGCCAGAGCUAGAUCCAAAUCAUUGUACUGAUUCAUGUACUACUGUGAAUGAUGAGUUUAGUGAAAGCGCUCAGGGGGAUAGUUCACAGGAUGGAGCAAACAGUUCCAGUCCAACAGUGAAAACCCUCCUCCCUAUAAUAAGAUUACAGAAGUUGGAAGAGGACAAGCAGUUGGGUAAUCUGCCAAUUGUUCAAAAAGUGCUGCUGGAGCAGCAGCGGCAACAAAAUGAGGCAGGAGACGACUCAGAUGAUCAGACUGGUUGUGAAACAGAAAAUAGGGUGCAACAGACACAUGGUAAAUCAUCACAUCUAAAGAGGUUGUUGGAUUGCAGAUUAGCACACGCGAAGAAAAGGAAACUAGGCAUUAAAUAUGCAGAGAAAACCUCUCUGGAAGAACGCACUAGGCUAAGCAUUAUUGUUGAGAGUGAAGAUUCCUUGGAGCCUAAUCCUGAACCAGUUUCUGAACAACACCAGAGAAGCCCAGUUGUCCGUCUCGAGAAAAUAACAUCCUCUGUGGACAGUAAUGAAUCUGGGCUUGAUGAAAGAUCCCAGAUGUCCUCUACGUCGGAUACCCAGCAGAGCAAGGAAUCAAGUGUCCGUGAAGAUAUAAUAAAUUGCUCCUGUGGGUCCCAAGAGGAGCAUGGAUUGAUGGUCCAGUGUGAUAUAUGUCUGUGCUGGCAGCAUGGUUUCUGCAAUAGUAUUCAAGUGGAAUUAGAUGUACCAGAAAAAUACGUUUGUACAUUUUGUCUCAACCCACCAUUGGAGAGGCAAGCAAAGAAGUAUAGCCAUUCUCAGGACUGGCUCCUCAGUGGAACGUUAUCAAGAUUAUCAGUAGCCUCCAGUGAUAAACAAGACCAGGAGGAAUAUGCAGAACUGUUAAAAACCUCUCAUGAAUUACUCUCUGCUUUGAUUCGUCUGAAGAAGGCUGUUUGGGCAACUCGCGUAAAAGCUGAAUCAUUGUGCCGUCACAGUCACCCAAAGUUAUAUCAAUGGAAUGAAAAAUGGGAUUGUUAUACUGAAGUUGCAACAGAUGAGGACAAUGAUGCUAAUGAAAAAAGUGAUGAUACAAUAGUUAAUGAAGAUGACGAUUCCAUUGAUGAGAGACCAGUCCUGCUAGUUAAAGAAGAUAAUGAAGAUAUUAUGAUUGAUCCAAAGGAAGAAGGAGAAUACGGAGGAGGAGAAGACAGAUUAGCAGAAGAUGGAAUAUCAGAAGAUGAAAUAUCAGAGGACGGAAUAUCAGAGGACGGAUUAGGAGAGGACGGAUUAGGAGAGGACGGAUUAGGAGAGGACGGAUUAGGAGAGGACGGAUUAGGAGAGGACGGAUUAGAAGAGGACGGUGUAGAAGAGGACGGCGUAGGAGAGGACGGCGUAGAAGAGGACGGCAUAGAAGAGGACGGCGUAGAAGAGGACGGCGUAGAAGAGGACGGCGUAGAAGAGGACGGCGUAGAAGAGGACGGCGUAGAAGGAGAGGACGGCGUAGAAGGAGAGGACGGCGUAGAAGGAGAGGACGGCGUGGAAGGAGAGGACGGCGUGGAAGGAGAGGACGGCGUGGAAGGAGAGGACGGCGUGGAAGGAGAGGACGGCGUGGAAGGAGAGGACGGCGUGGAAGGAGAGGACGGCGUGGAAGGAGAGGACGGCGUGGAAGGAGAGGACGGCGUGGAAGGAGAGGACGGCGUAGGAGGAGAGGACGGCGUAGGAGGAGAGGACGGCGUAGAAGGAGAGGACGAAGUAGAAGGAGAGGACGGCGUAGUAGGAGAGGACGAAAUAGAAGAAGAUGGAGUUGGAGAGGACGGAGUUGGAGAGGACGGGGUUGGAGAGGACGGGGUUGGAGAGGACAGAGCAGUAGAAGAUGGAGAAGGGGAAAAUACAGAAGGAAAAAAUGGAGUAUUAAAUGAUGUGCUUGCAAGUUUAUCGAGUUGCUCUAGUACCGAGUCAUUGAACAAUCUUCCUAUUGCAUUUAAAACAGUGACAGAUGUACAGGCAGAAGACAAUUGUGGGCGUCAGGAGACUGAUAGAAUUUUGGAAGCAGGCUCAGCAACAGAAUGUAUUGUACCAGAAGACAUAAAUACAGAACAAGAUUCUUUGAUAAGCACGGAUGCCAGUUUUAUGACUGCAGAAAGUAGUUUUCAGGCUCAGGAAUUAAGUUUUCUGAGUCCUGAUGUUCCAACCAUGCGUGCAGGUGCCAAUUCUCUGGUAGCAGUGGAGAAACGUGUCCUUCAUGAAGAUUAUGAGGUCCUCAGCCAGACAGUGCAGGAUUUCUUAUCUGAAGAAGAGGAGCCACUUUUGAGUGAUGGCAAGAGUGAAAAUGUGGGACUAAAAAGUCUGUGUGAAACAUGUGGUGAAAAUAGAGGUCUUUCAGAAAAAUGUAGCCAUUCAGCUGAAAAAUGCAAUCCAGACAGGGAAGAAUGUUCAGUGUCAGAAGAUUUGAAACAGGUUGAUGAAGCCAAAACACAUGACAAAAGCUCUGUUGGUCUGAUUAAAAGAACAGAAGAUAAAAAAUGUACUGCCAUCAGUAGUCUUGAUAUGGGCAAUAAUUGCACUCUGCUAGAAACAGAGACUAAAUCUACCUCUGUUAGCAGACCGUUGACAUUGGUAGAACAGAAAAUGAGCACAAGUGUCCAAAUAGGAGUGGAUGAAUGCAGUACAGCUCAGCAAGUACUGAGUAGUGAAUGUGGAAUGAGAGUGAGAACAAUAAAAACUGACCCCAAAAUAACUGUACAGUUGGUAGAGAAUGUACCUGGUGUUUCUAUGGAAACUGAAAAAGGAAAAUCUGUUGUGGUGUUGCAGGCAGGAAAUGACAAACCAACAUUGCAGAAUAAAUGGAGUGGCAUUGAUGAGCCAGUGCAGUCAGAUAGGAAUGAAUCUGAUGCAGCUUUUCAUGUGGGAAGAAGUGAGUGUGCAAAGAAGAAACAUGAUAGUCUUGUGCAUGCAAUGAAAGAUAUACAUGAUGGGACAAUGCAGGCAGUAAGGAAUAAAGCUGGUGUUCAGAUUCGUAAGCCCCAACUUAACCUGACUGCGAAAGAAAUAAAUGAGCAGGGUGUUACAAAGUCCGUACCACAGAGGAAAUUUGAAACAACUCAGCAGACUAUAAAGAAUCACAAUGAUGGAACUACAGAUACCCUUCUUAAAGACAAGGCAUCUUGUGAAAACACUUUGUUGAGAGAAGGUUCUCACAAUACGAAAAAAAGUGCUGAUACAGGUUCUGAAUCACAAUGUAGAGAGCAGGAUUCUUACACCAGUAUCAAUACUGACUUGUCUGGAUUGAACAACGCUCAAACAGAAAUGGUAAAUGAAAAUGCAGAUGAUGCGGGAAAUGACUCACCAGAUUCUUUUGAUCGUAUAUUAAAUGCAUUAAAAACUGGAUCAGAAUCAGUUUCGUGCCAAGAAAAUUUAAGUAGCGAUCCAGAUUUUGAAUCGGAAUUGGCCAUGCUGGAAGAGACAGUUCACAGCAUGGAGUCUGACAGUUGUGGUCCCUCUGGACUGGAGCUAGCGCGGAACAAUAGUAACCCAUUAGGACCUCUUCCACAUCUAGCUUCUCCGAGAGGAAAUAAAGUGUCUGUAAAUAAUUACGGUACUGUACAAUAUGAAGCAGUUAUGGAUAAUGCUAGAGAUGCAAUUGUUUCAAAAAUUUUAAAUCAGACUGGUGAACAGUGUAUUAAAGAAAUGAACCCAGUGAAUAUAAAUGCAGCUCCCGUAAUCUUUGAGGAUUUGGUUUUACGAGACGUAGAGCCUGUCCAUGACAGAGUAAAAUCGUCUGAAACGUCCAACUUGCAACUGCCAAUGGAUGCUGCUCAGAUACUGCAAUUGGCAGAUAGCAUGGAAGAGAGCCUCUGCAGUUCAGAUUCAGAACGUCAUCAGCAUGUCCCAGCGACAGGACCACAACCUGAGGCACUAAUUGAAACUGACGUGUGUCGUAAAAAUCUUGCAUAUCACAUUGCUGAGGAGCACAAAAAACUUAUGCAAGUGCUUGAUGCUGCUGAAGAGCAAGUGAAAGACCUAGAAUCUAAAUGUAUGGAUGAAAGUGAGAAGAUGAAACCUACAGAUAUUCAACGGCGUAUGAAGAAAAUUAUAAAAAUACUUAAUCUUGUUAAUGGUCUGACGAAACAAGACAGUGUGCAGUCAACAAAAAAUAUCUCAGAAUCUAAAUAACAUUUUAUUUUAAAUAACAUUCUUGAGUUAGGAAUGAUUAUUCAUGUGCUCAGGGACCUGCAGAACAUAUUUCAUGAUUCUGCCUUAUUGUACAUUCUGUAAUUUCGUAUCAUCUAUUAGGGUAUUCAUUUUUGUAAAUACAUUAAACUUACCUUUAUUUAUUUUGUUAAAUUUUAAUUUCAUUUGUGAAUUAAUAUAUGUUAUUGUUUUUCCUCUGUAGAAGAUUAGAUUUCCAAAUAGUUGGGAGAAAAUACUUUAAUGAAGAAUGAUACCAAAUUUGUAUUACUUAUACUUUCAGUGCAAUGACUAAAGUGUUAUUUUGGUAGACAAUGAGUGUUCUAAGUGUAAAUGUAAAUCUGUAUUUUCAGCUGAAAAUUAGCUUGCUUGAUA